AUGUUCUCGGAGUCUCGUGGUAUUCCCCUCUGGAAGCAGCCAUCCUCGUCGGAAGAGUCCUUGAAAAAGCGCGUCUUGGAGUGUCGUGGUCCUCUCGGUGUUCUCAUGAUAGUUGCUAAGAGUGACCUUGAGAGUUAUCCUCAGGUUUGUCAUGAGACUCGUCUUGAUGGCUUUUUAGAGCUAUUCUGA